AUGGGGGGAGGGAGCGCACGACGUGCGCGCGCCCUCUCCCUCCUCCACCGCUGCCGCCUCCUUCUUCUGCCGCUCCUGGUGCUGCUUGUGUGCUCGUUCGGUGCGGACCUGGUACCUCUUUUGUGAAGCGGCAGCUGAGGAGACUCCGGCGCUCGCCAUGGCCGACGAAAAGCCCAAGGAAGGAGUCAAGACUGAGAACAACGAUCAUAUUAAUUUGAAGGUGGCGGGGCAGGAUGGUUCUGUGGUGCAGUUUAAGAUUAAGAGGCAUACACCACUUAGUAAACUAAUGAAAGCCUAUUGUGAACGACAGGGUUUGUCAAUGAGGCAGAUCAGAUUCCGAUUUGACGGGCAGCCAAUCAAUGAAACAGACACACCUGCACAGUUGGAAAUGGAGGAUGAAGAUACAAUUGAUGUGUUCCAGCAGCAGACAGGAGGUGUCUACUAAAAAGGGAACCUGCUACUUUACUCCAGAAUUCUGUUCCUCCAGACCAAGAAGACAUUCUCAAUUAGAAAACCGCAAUUUGGUUCCACCACAUCCUGACUACUACAGUAUAGUUUCUCUAUUCUUUCAUUUUCCCCUUCCCCAUUCCUUUAUUGUACAUAAAGUAACUGGUGUAUGUGCACAAGCAUAUUGCAUUUUUUUUUUUUAACUAAAUGGCCAACGGUAUGUUUUGAUCGACAUCAAAUGGAGAUGGAAUGGGGAAAAAUACUGGUUCUGUGAAGAUACCCCCUUUUCUCCAUUAGUGGCAUGCUCAUCAGCUCUUAUCUUUAUAUUCCAGUAAGUUAUUUUGCUCUCACUGUUUAACAGAAAAAGAACAACAUAAAAAUUCUUGCAUACCUUGUUCGAUUGGAGAAUUUUAAUGUUUUUCAUUUAUCAUUGUAAAACCAAGGACAAUUUUAUAACUUUUUUGUACGUAGCUGUUACAUGUAGGGCAAUCUGUCUUUAAGUAGGGAUAAAUUACUCUAAAAGAAAUGAAUCCUAGAUAGUUUUCCCUUCAAGUCAAGCGUCUUGUUGUUUAAAUAAACUUCUUGUUUAAAAUGA